CUGUCAUUCACCGGGAUCGAUGGGCUAGCGCCCCGCUGGCACUAGCCAUGUUGCAGCUUUCUGUUCCGCGCCUGCCGCGCGAAGGCUGGCGACUCGUGCGGCGGAAGAUGAGCAUCAUGGAGCGGUACAAGAAGCUGCGCCCGGCACCAUCUCCGGCCCCUGAGCCUUGGGCGCGGCCUGACUUGACGGAGGGCGCGCCGGCAGAGGCUGAGGAGGUCCCCGAACUGCGUGAGCUCCUGCAGCCGAAGCGGCCGCUGAGCUAUGUCAGGGCGGCGGUUCCUGCGGAGGCGCGGUUCCGCAGCUGGGAGAAGCCGGUGCAACCAGCAGAGCCACGCAUGCUGCGGGUAGGCUUGAUGGGCCCGCCAAAUGCUGGCAAGUCUUCCUUGAUGAACGCAAUCUUGGAAUGCCCCAUCAGCGCAGUGUCGCCGAAGGUGAACACCACACGCGAGGGCAUCAGAGGGGUGAAGACCAUCGGCAAUACGCAGUUGGUCUUUUUGGACGUGCCCGGGAUUAUCCCUUCGCAUCAGCGGGUGGAGAAUAGGGACUUGGUCGGGCAGGCCUGGAGGGGCUACCAAGAAAGCGACGUGGUCCUCUUGAUCAUCGACACUGUCAAGCGCCCUGCCGCGGACAUCUUUGAGGUGGUGCGAAAGAUCAGCCCCAAGGAGGACAUCGGACAGGCGGCGAUGCGGCAUCGCAUGCGCGCCUUGAUGGAGGUGGACGACGAGGGGCGCCAUGAGCUGCCCCGAGAUGCCUUAGAGCUGCUGCCGCGGUCCAUACCUGGCAGCCCAUUUGCACAGGAUGAGGACCGUCCUCCAGUCACACUGGUUCUCAACAAGAUCGACAAGGCGUCAGAGAGAAGAUGGGUCCUGUCAAGGGAGCGGGAGUUCCGCGCCCAUGGUCAGUUCGAUGGCAUUUUCUUUACCUCGGCGACCAAGAAUCGCGGCAUUGUGCGGCUUUUGGAGCACCUGAAAUCCCGGGCCCGGCCGAGGCAGUGGAUGUACCCCGGGGAGAUGCUGACCACCAUGUCCCACACGGAUCAGGUCAAGCAAGUGGUGAACGCCUACAUGUUCAAGCGGUUCAAUGUAGAUCUGCCCUACAAGUUCGAGCAGCAGACGGUGGGUUGGACACCCCGCCUGGAUGGGUCCCUGCUGAUUGAGCAUGAGGUCAUGGUCAAGGAUUCCGUGGUGGCACGCAUGAUCCUGGGCGUGCGCAACAACAUCUUGCGCCACAUGAAGAAAAAGGUUACGGAGACCUUGGUGCAGCUCUGGGGCAUUCCCAUCGACUUCCGGGUCUGGGUGAGGCCUUUGAAGCAGCGCCUCAGCAAGAGCGAUCUGGCCAAGAUUGGCGUGAGCAAGUCGCAGUGAAGAGCGUCAGCGGAGCGCGGCACAUGCAUUGAGAGGACUGUGCCAGGGCGACGUCGGAGCCACUGGCCACGAGAGCCCGAGGCACACGGAGGAUUGAACGCGUCUUCGACAAGAAGGGUUGGUUGAACCUCGAAGCGGCGCUCAUGAGCCUGGAUACUGCCAGAA